CCUCACCCCUGUUAACCCCUCCUCACGUAAAACAACCAUCAACUACCCCUGCCACUCCAUUCCAUUCAAUCUGCUCCUUCUAUUCGAUUCAACCCCCUACUCUCAAUUUGAAUAAAAUCCACUCCACCGCGCACACUCCACUCCGCUCCGCUGAAUUGGAUUGCUCUGGUUAGGGCUGUGAUUUGCUCUGGUUAGGCUUUGAAUAGCUCUGCUCUGCUCGCUAAAUUCAAGGGUGGAACAUAUUAGAGUCAAUUAGGUUUUCAGGUUUUGAGCUUAAAGCGAGAGUGGAUGUUUACUAAUAAUAGGAGACAAGAAGAGCGUACCGGAAAAUAUGGAACUCCAAGAGUGCAGUAUCUUCAAGAUUUGGUGACUCAGUUUCAGAAUGCUUCAAGUGAAGAGACAAAAGAAAGAAUUGCUGCCAAUUUAGCGAACUUUGCAUAUGAUCCUUACAAUUACACCUAUUUACGCCAGCUUAAUGUUUUGGAACUUUUCCUAGACUGCAUAACAGAGCCCAAUGAGAAGCUUGUAGAGUUUGGUGUUGGCGGCAUUUGCAAUUCUUGUGUUGAUCCUUCAAAUGCGGCAGUAGUCGCUCAAUGCAAUGGAAUUCCGCUUAUCAUCAAGUGUUUAUCAAGUCCUGUCAGAAAUACUGUUAAUUAUGCUAUCGCGGCGCUCUACUAUAUCUGUGAUGAAUCAAACCAGGAAAAUGUUCUGAAACCAGAAGUGGUGGAUGUCGUUAGAAGGUAUGCUGCAGCCAGUUCAAUUAGUGUGAGCUUCAGAAAUCUAGCUCAGGCAUUUUUGGACAAGCAUGUCCGAUAGGCACGGAGACACAAGUGUGAACUAGUUUGAAGCUUGCAAGUAUGUCUGUCUUUUAAGUUGAAACUUGUAAGUAAAAUUUCAUUGGCUGAGAAUAGAGGCCAUAAAGCUGAAACUCAAACUCCAGUUUCCAUCACAAGUAUUAUUUUCUCA